AUGUUGUUGAAACCCGCCACCCCCCUCACCAUCCUUUUACUUGUCGCCUUCGCCCUCCUGCUCCUCUCCGUCAUCUCCACUCCGAUCGUCAAGGGUAUCCCUCUCGCCACCUAUAAUGAUGUCGACUAUGGCGUCUUUGGCUACUGCAAGAGCGGCGUCUGCACCAAUAUCCACAUAGGCUACACCAAGGAGGACAUUAACAACACCGGCGAUGACUUCAAUCUCCCCUCCACCACCCGUACCUCCCUCUCCUCCAUCCUCAUCGUCCACCCCGUCGCCGCUUUCCUCACUCUCGUCUGCCUCUGUCUCGCCGCUGCCGCCCACUUCCACGCCCCGUCGCAUUCGCCCCGAUACCUCCUCGCCCUGCUGAUCCUCCUCCUGCCUACCCUGCUCGUCAGCUUGCUUGCCUUUCUUGUCGACAUCCUCCUCUUCGUCCCUCAUCUCGGCUGGGGCGGGUGGAUCGUCCUCGCCGCCACCAUUCUGCUCAUCACCUGCGGCAUCGUCACCUGCGCCAUGCGCCGCACCCUCGUCAGUCGCAAGGCCCGCAAGCGUCGCAUCGCAGAGAACGCCGAGAUGAGCGGCGAGAACUACUAUAAUCGCCAGGCCGCCGCCAAUGCCGCCCUCAAUACCACGUCCAUCCCCGUCGAGACCAAGGAGACUAUCGUUCACGGCCCCUCGGGCUCUCUCGGCAGCGGCCCCACUGUCGCCACCUUCCGCGCCAGCGACGACGACCGCACCCCGCUCAAUGGCGCCGCCCCCGACCCCCCCGUCCUCGACGACGGCGCAUACCACUCCCCGCCCCGCGACGACUGGAAUGGCCCCUACGCCGCCGCCCCGCCCAUGCGACCCCCGCGGGGCCCGCCCCGGGGGCCUCCGCCCUCCGGCCCCCGUGGUCGCGGCGGCUAUCCCGGUCGCGGCGGCUGGGGACGCGGUGGUCCGUAUGGGGGACCCCGCGGUCCGCCCCCCGGCGCCCGCGGCGGAUACGGCCCGCGCGGCCGCGGCGGUCCCUACGGUGGUCCCUACGGCGGUCCCCCGCCCGGCGGAUAUGGUGUCGGUCCCUGGUCCGGCCCCCCUGCCGAGGAGGACCCCUACGCGUAUCGCGGCCCGUCCCCGAUGGGCGGCGGGCGCCACCCCUCGCCCGGUCCGAUUGGCAUGGCCGUCUCGGAGGACCAGGCGAUCGAGAUGACGCCGCAGCCGCGUCGCAUGGGCUCCACGGAGCCGGAUCCGGGUCUGUCCGUCAACGCCUACCCGGAGCCUGCCAGUCCUUCCAGCCUGUACAGCCGGACGCCAAUGCGCCUGCUUACGCUCAAUAGCUCGUACAUCCCCGCGCGGGCCGUCUGGGGCCCCGACCUCCGCGUCGGGACCUCUCCCUCGCCGAUCCCCAUCUACGGGGCGCCCCCGCCACUCUCCCGCCCCUCGCCCUCCCCCGACGAGCCGGACGCCGUCGCGCCCCUCGCGAACCGAACCGGACCGAGCGCGGGUAAUGCCCGCCUGCCCAGCGCGCUGAUGCCGGGUGGCAAUGGUGAGCGGACACCGCUGGACGAUGUGGAGGAAGGCCCCAGCUCACCGACUACUAGCGAUAUAAGCCAUUUUACCUCCAUUUCGGAGCGGCCGGUCAAUCCGCGGUGGCAUCCACCGCCGCCGCCCCCGAUGCCCACCCGUACGAAGCAGAGUAUCUUGUUGGAGAAUAAUCCUGAUUUUGACCUGCGCGUCGGUGCGGGCCGGGGGGGACGCAUGCCGGCCACCAGAUACCCCAUUCCUUGA